CGGCGCUGCUGACUCUCCCCUCGGGCUGCAUGGCAUUCACAGCGUCCUGCCGUCCACACAGAGCGGUGUAGAGGAGCAGGCGGGUCCGCAGGCAGCGCGGUGGUGCAGAGGUGGAGAUCCACCCCUUUGUCGCUUCGACUCUCGGUGUUUUACGCCUGAUCUGUUCGCGUCGAGGCUGGGCGGAGGCGCUGCACGAUGAUCGAGAGACCCGAGUCCGCUGUUUCCAGCGUUGCGCAGAGGAAUCUGGAGGGAUAUGUGGGCUUCGCCAACCUGCCCAACCAGGUGUACCGCAAAUCCGUCAAGAGGGGCUUCGAGUUCACACUCAUGGUGGUUGGUGAGUCUGGACUGGGUAAAUCUACACUCAUCAACUCUCUCUUCCUGACGGAUCUGUACUCUAAAGACUACCCUGGCCCCUCCCAGAGGAUCAAAAAGACAGUGCAGGUGGAGCAGUCCAAAGUGCUAAUUAAGGAGGGUGGCGUCCAGCUCACGCUGACCAUUGUGGACACACCAGGGUUUGGUGAUGCCGUGGACAACAGCAACUGCUGGCAGCCAGUCAUCAACUACAUCGACAGUAAGUGUGAGGAUUUCCUGAACGCUGAAUCGCGGGUGAACCGAAGACAAAUGCCAGACAACCGGGUGCACUGCUGCCUGUACUUCAUCGCCCCCUCUGGCCAUGGUCUGAAGCCUCUGGAUAUUGAGUUCAUGAAGCGUCUUCACGACAAGGUCAACGUCAUCCCCCUCAUCGCCAAGGCAGACACGCUAACACCAGAGGAGUGCCAGCUCUUCAAGAAACAGAUUAUGAAGGAGAUUCAGGAGCACAAGAUUAAGAUCUAUGAGUUUCCGGACACAGAGGAGGACGAGGACAGUAAACUCAUCCGCAAGAUAAAGGAGCGGAUGCCUCUGGCUGUGGUCGGCAGCAAUGUGGUGGUCGAAGUGAAUGGGCGGAAGGUCAGAGGCCGCCAGUACCCCUGGGGCGUGGCAGAAGUGGAGAACGGCGAGCACUGUGACUUUACUGUUCUGCGGAACAUGCUCAUCAGGACUCACAUGCAGGAUCUGAAGGAUGUGACCAAUAACGUUCACUACGAGAACUACCGCAGCAAGAAGCUGGCCGCCGUCACCUGCAACGGAGUGGACGCCAGCAAGAGCAAGGGUCAACUGACCAAGAGUCCUCUGGCUCAGAUGGAGGAGGAGCGGAGAGAGCAUGUGAUGAAGAUGAAGAAGAUGGAGACGGAGAUGGAGCAGGUGUUUGAGAUGAAGGUCAAAGAGAAGAAACAGAAACUGAAGGACUCCGAGGCAGAGCUGGAGCGACGGCAUGAGCAGAUGAAGCGGAACCUGGAGGCGCAGUAUAAAGAGCUGGAGGAGAAGAGGAGGCAGUUUGAGGAGGAGAAGGCCAACUGGGAGGCGCAGCAGCGCAUUCUGGAGCAGCAGAAACUCGACGCCUCCAAGACCAUGGAAAAGAACAAGAAGAAAGGGAAAAUCUUUUAACGAGGCCAGAGUCCUUUCCUCCAGCACAACAACAGAAACUCCUUUUUACAUCCCUUUUGAUGCUCGCAUGAUUUAUGACCUCUGGGUUACACACACACAAACACACACACACACACCACACACACUCACACACAGCGUUGCACUCAUCGUUUGCUCUAACAUUCCAUUAAAACAUUCCAAAAACACACAGAAGUUUGUUUUGUACAUGUUUUAGACGCUUAUAUGUAACUACAUUUUGCAUACAAACACAUCGUCCACCUAACUCCAGUUAAUCAGUUUGCCCUCUUGUGGACAGUGGCUGCUACUGCACUCCUGUCUGAGCGCAUGUCUGUUAGAUGGUAAUGACGAGGAGGAUAUUAAUAAAUGUCCCUCUGAUAACUAAUGGAAUUGAGCACUGCAGUACUAUCAUUGUGUCUGCUGAGGUCAGAACAGCCUUGUUUUCAAACAUCGCUGGUGUUUCAUUCAUGCAUUAACACACUCAUUCGGUUACGGUUGUUAUGUCACUCAUUCUUCUACAAGGGGAUGCUCAUAUGAAGAGAUGGUCUGAAUCAGUAGGUGGCAGAUGUGGCUGUGAACGUCAGAAGUAGAGUCAAAGGGGCAUUCCACGUUUUUUUUUAAAAUCUCUGCAUAUGUAAAUCACCGAGGUGUGAAAAGAGUGCAUCAGAGUGGCGACUCGGGUUUCUUUACAGUGGUGGUGAUAGGAACCAGGGGGUCACCAUGUCUACAACACAGAUUUAGCCAUUUUAUUUGCUGUCAAAACCACCAGUGAACCCACACAAGUCUUCUGAGUUUUAUAUGUAAUGUUGAUGAUAAAAUAGUGAAAAAUCUGAACAAUGCAUUUUCUUUGGGGACUGUUUUGUCUUAUAACCGUCUGCAUGUACCUCUUCAUCAUAAAUGGAUUUUGAAGAACUUUUCUUAAACAUCAGGCUGCCGUUUCAUGUAAUAACUUUCUGUGCAGCAGUAAAAUCUACAGACGUCUGGUUCCUAUCACCAUCACUGUGAGCAAUUCUGACUUUGUAAAUGUUCUAGAAAGGAGCAUUUUGUGUCAAACCACUCUAAAUUUUGGAAAAUUGCUGUGUCACACAGUGUACAGCAGUGUAAUAACAUUUCCAGACAGGAACUGAGUGGGACUACGGCUUAAGAGGGUAUGUUUUAUGGUUUACUGAACGUCAUAUGAGAGUUUGUUAGAUUGCUUAGGAGAUAAUGUGGUGGAGCUGGGUUGUGUGUGUGUUUGUGUUUCACUUUAAUGGGGUCAUAGAUAGUAUCUGAAGUUCCGCUCCAUGUAACACGUUUCUGUACAGCUCCAGCUCAUCUGAUUAAACUGUUACAAUUUGAUUUUGUCAUUAUAAUAAACCCUUGCUGGAUCAUAUGUAUUCAGAUAAUAUUGUCCCUAUAAUGCAUAGUGUUAUGCGCCGUCGGCAUGAGUGUCAAAAUGUACUCAAUGGUAACAGUGAUGACUGAUGUGGAUGGUUAUGAUGACAGUAAUGUUGAUACUUAUAUAAAUGGUUCAAUCUGCCCUAAUUUGGUUGCAGAACAACACAAACCUAAAGGGCAGUUUUAUCUGUUUGUGGGUUUUUUUUUUCUUUCUAUUUUUAUUAUUUUUAUUUUCCUUUGUCUGUGGAGUGAUGAAAAUCUAUCUCCCCCUACUAACGAUUUUCCAUGACCCUCACUGUUGUGGACCGGGCUUCUUCUCCAGGUUCUUCUAAUGUGAAAGGUGCCAGGUUAUGAGCUACAACCUACCUUGUACAGUCAUUGGCCAUUUUAUCAGAAACACCUACCAUAUUUUGUAUCUGCAGUGAAAAAAGUGACUCCUUAAAUUUGCUUGAUUUAAACAUUUAAAUCAAAUAAAUGCAAUGCAGCACUUUUUCAGUGCAGUUACUGACAGUAGCCCAUGUGUUGCUAUACGCACCCUACAUGGCAGUAGUGUGGUACGAGUGUAUGAAGCGCAGCAGUGUUACUGUUACUUUUAAAAGCGGCAUAGACGUUUGCAGAGGAUCUGAUCCUGGAUCAGUCGGUGUGACUGCCCUUAAAUCAGUAUAAGGAGCUAACGUCCACCCCACUCAUUGAAAGCUCAAUGCCCAAAUACAGGGAUACUGUACUUUAGUAACCCUCUCCAUGUCCUGUGAGGCUCACUAAUAGGAUCUAAGACUAGACUAUAACAGGCCAGAUAGAACAUACUGAGCAGCACAUACUAACCUCAGCUCUUCACCUGAAUUUGACAAAGUAAUUUAUUAUCAGUGUGGUUAUCUACACAUCCGCAACCUUCAUCAACCAAGGGUGAGCAAAAGUGUCACACCUAAAAACACACACACACACACACACACACACACACACACACACACACACAGAGUCGUCCACUAUGCAAGUUCAAACACUUUCGUUCUUCCGGCUGUGCAUAGGAAACUCCUGAUACUCAGAACCAACACAGUUAGUGCUCUGAACUCAUGCGCUGCGCAAAGCUCUCAGUAAAGCUGGACUCAGUCAACCUUUCGCUAUAAUCCUUCUCAAAACUUUCCCUAACCAUUCCCAAACCUUUCUGUAGCCAUUCCCAAACCUCUUUAAUCAUUCCCAAACCAUUCCCAAACCUUUCUCUAACUGUUCCCAAACGUAUCUCUAGUCCUGUGUUUCUCAACCCGGUCCUCAGCACUCUCCAGACAGCCCACCUUUUACUUUUAUCCCUAUGUGCUGCAAGUUUGGUUGGAGCAAAAGUAUGGACCGUCUGGGGGACCCUGAAGACCCUGUUGGGAAGGAACUGGUCUAACCAUUCCCAGACCUACCCUUUAGACAUUCCCAGACCCCAGAUUUUUCCCUAGCCAUUCCCAAAACUUUCCCUAACCAUUCCCAAAACCUUUCCCUUUAGAAUUUCAUAAACCUUUCACCUUCAUAACGCUAGAGCCCAAAACCCGCCACCCCUAAUUUUUUUACUUGUUUUUAUAUGUACACAGCUUUCAAUGUAUUGAUUUUUCUUCAUGUUAUUAUUGUCUAUUCUGUCUCCCUAACUGUACAUUAUUACUAUUAAAGAUGAAAUGGUUAUGCUAAACACAA